CCCCGCCCCCCCACCAUGCCCCGCCUACCCUACCACGCCUUCGAGCCACGCCCCCGCGGGAGGACGCCCUUCCCGCCACGCCCCACACGUGUACGCCCCGCACGUGUACACCCCGCACGAGGACGCCCUGGGGAGGACACCAUCGACCCCACCCCCGACCACGCCCCUGCACGAGGAUACCUCAGACCACGUCCCCGCGCCGUGUUCACGCCCCAGGUCCACGUGCCCGCGCCCGGACGCCUAGCUGACCGCGUCCUCCGACCACGUCCCACCACCAGGCCUUCGCAGCCCCCGCGGCAGGGGCGAGGGCACCCCGGCUCUCCUCUGGCCCGCUCUCCGGGCCACGCCCCUGCCGGCCUGGCCCCAGGGUCCGGCCCUCGGUGGCUCGGCUCCCGCGCAGGCCCCGCCCGCCCGAGCGCAGAGGCGCAGAUGGAGUCGGAGACGCGGGUGCUGCGCGCGGCGGGCGGCUUCGGCCGGGCCCGGCGCCUGCUGGCCGCCGCCUCGUGGCUGCCGUGCGUGGCGCUGGGGCUGGCGCUGGGCUCCGAGCCGCUGCUCACCACGCCGCCGGCGCACCACUGCCGGCCGGACCCCGAGCUGCUGCCCCCCGCGCUGCGCGCUCUGCGCGGGCCCGCGUUGCUCGACGCCAGCGUGCCGCGCCUGGGACCCGCGCGCGCCCCGAGCCCCUGCCUGCUCCUGCGCUACCCUGAGCCCGAGCCCCACGCCCGCCCCAACGGCACGCGGCCCUGCACGCGCGGCUGGCACUACGCGCUGCCCGCCGCCGGCCUGCUGCGCAGCCCGGUGACCCAGUGGAACCUGGUGUGUGAGGAUGGCUGGAAAGUGCCCCUGGAGCAGAUGAGCCACCUCCUGGGCUGGCUGCUGGGCUGUGUCUUCCUGGGUGCGGGCUGUGACCGGUUUGGACGUCGGGCUGUGUUCGUGGCCUCCCUGGUGCUGGCCACAGGCCUGGGGGCCAGUGAGGCCCUGGCGGCCAGCUUUCCCGCCCUGCUGACCUUGAGGCUGCUUCACGGGGGGGCCUUGGCAGGGUUUUCCCUUGCCCUCUACGUGGCUCGCCUGGAGCUCUGUGACCCCCCUCGUCGCCUGGUGUUCUCCGUGGGAGCCGGCCUCUUCUCCGUGCUGGGCACGCUGCUGCUGCCUGGCCUGGCGCUUCUGGCGCAGGACUGGCGCCUCCUGCAGGGGCUCAGCGCCCUGGUGACGGGCCUUCUGCUGCUCUUUUGGGGGUCGCCGGCCCUGUUCCCUGAGUCUCCCUGCUGGCUGCUGGCCACGGGACAGCCAGCCCGGGCCCGGAAGAUCCUGUGGCACUUUGCAGAACCUGGGAGCGUGGACCCGGAGGACGGCUCAGAGGAGGAGAGCUCCCUGGUUACAGAGUUGGACAUGCUGGGUGCACAGAGUCCCCGGCCCCAGUACCACUCCGUCCUGGAGCUCCGGCACACCCGCGUCGCCUGGAGAAACGGACUCAUCCUGGGCUUCAGUUCGCUGAUCUGCGGGGGCAUCAGAGCCGGCUUCCUCCGCAACCUGGCCCCGAGCGAGCCCACCUUCUAUUGGCCCUACUUCCUGACCGCUGGCCUGGAGGCAGUGGCCGCUGUGCUCCUGCUGCUGACGGGGGACCGCUGGGGGCGACGCCCGGUCCUGUUGCUGGGCACCCUGGUCCUGGGCCUGGCAUCCCUGCUGCUCCUGGCCGGGACGCAGUACCUGCCAGGUUGGACCAUGCUGUCCCUGUCCGUCCUGGGCCUCCUGGCCUCCCACGCCGUGUCUGCCCUCAGCAGCCUCUUCGCGGCGGAGGUGUUCCCCACGGUGAUCAGGGGGGCCGGGCUAGGCCUUGUGCUGGGGGCCGGCUUCCUGGGCCAGGCGGCAGCGCCCCUGGCCGACGUGCACGGCCGGGGCGGCUUCUUCCUGCACCACGUGGUCUUCGCCUCCUUCGCGGUGCUCGCCCUGCUGUGCGUCCUGCUGCUGCCCGAGAGCCGAGGCCGCCGCCUGCCCGCGUCGCUGCGGGACGCCGACUGCCUGCGCGGGUCCCGGGCCCGCCGCCGCCCGCCCCUGCCCUCCCACCGGGCGGGGUCCCGGCCGGAGCGGGAGGGCUGA